AUGUCCAAGCAAACGCCAGUGGAACGCCGGAAGGAGAAGCCAGCAUUUCAACGAUUCAAGGAUCACUGCCGCCACUUCACGGCCUUCAUGUUCAGCAAUGUGGGCAUCAUGCUGCUAGUCACCUUCUACACGAUUGGCGGCGCCUUUAUAUUCCAGGCCAUCGAAAUCUUCAAAAACGAGCGACUCUGGUCGGAGAAGCCGAAUCGGUUCAUCGAGCGCAAUGUCAGCGGGGAGUGCCUCACGCGCAUCUGGGAGUUGACGGCCGAAAACAUUAGUUUCUUCGACCACAAGGCCUACAGGAAACGUGUCAAUGACGUACUUCUGGAGUACCAGCGGGCGAUUGUUAAGAAGCAACUGAAGGGACCCGAUGUGGAGCAAUGGAGCUUCUCGGGGGCCUUUCUCUAUUCGCUGACCGUCAUCACAACUAUCGAUAUGAUAACAUAA